UGGGAGGGGGACUGGUGUGAGUGACAGAGCACCAAAAGUAUGGAGUGGAACUCUCUGUUACUCCUCCUGGAAGCAGCCGAGUACUUGGAGAGAAGAGACCGAGAAGCCGAACACGGCUACGCGUCCGUGCUGCCCUUCGACAGCGAGUAUUCCAGGAAAAAAACAAAGACGGCCGCCUUGGCCAGGAAAUCUCAGAAUAACAGGUCUUCGCACAACGAGCUAGAAAAGCAUAGACGAGCCAAACUGCGGUUGUAUUUGGAACAACUCAAGCAGCUUGUGCCCCUGGGGCCGGACAGUACCCGCCACACGACCCUCAGCCUUUUGAAAAGAGCCAGGAUGCAUAUCAAGAAAUUGGAAGAACAGGACCGGAAAGCCCUGAACGUGAAGGAACAGCUGCAGCGUGAGCAUCGCUACCUCAAACGCCGCCUGGAGCAGCUCUCGGUUCAAGGCAUGGAACGUGUGCGCACCGACAGUACCGGCUCGACCAUCUCCACAGACUCGGAGCAAGAAGUGGACAUUGAAGGAAUGGAGUUCACCCCAGGGGAAAUGGACAGUGUUGGGAGUGCCAGUGAUGCCGAUGACCACUACAGUUUGGGCAGCGGCUCCAGUGACAGCAGCUACUCCCACUCCCGCAGACUGUCGGGCCGGCUCUCGUAGGGCCCGAGCGAGCACCCCCCGACCCCGUCCACCUCCGGAGCAUCCAACUGAAGCACUUAGACUGAAGACCGAU